UGCGAUCAAUACUGAAUCUAUUAACACAAUUCCGCUAACUACGCUCUCUUCGUAAAUCAGUCGCACGUCACAUGUUUCCGUUUUGAGGUUAUAUAACUAUCAAUAAGUGCCCAAUUGUGCGAAUUUCCUUAUCAGAAAGUUUGUUUAUUGAGUUUUAUCAAUAGUAUGUAUAGUACACUAGUAUACCGUAAGCUAUUUUUUGUUCACGUUUAACCCACGUCUUGCAUACGUGGUAUUUAUAUCAUUAAGAAAGUGACCUGAGUUUAAGUGGUCAAAUGUGGAACAUUAAAAGAAUGUGCAAUUUCAUUUCUGCAAUGAUCAACUGGUGACUGUCAUGUUGCCAAUGAUUGCCAGUUGUAAAUACCUUUGGCACUCAAAGGAUCAAGGGCCUCUCUAUUCUAAAGUGUUCAUUCUGUUGUGACCAGGAGAAUCUAUUCUCUUAUAUUUAAGUAUACUCGUAGACCGAGUGCGCUAGUAGCCAGACGCGCGCUGCUACCAUGUCUGGAUCGGGCGAUCGUAAAGAGCCGCUAAUCGGCGUGAUUGACGCCGGCACUCGCACCAUCAAGUUCUGCGUUUUUAAAGCGAAGCACACCAAGGAGCUGUUUGAACAUGCCGUUGACAUUAAUCCAAUCAUUCCGCAAGAGGGUUGGCACGAGCAGGAUCCUAUCGAGAUACUCAAUGCCAUCAAAACGUGCAUCUCGGAAGUGACUAAACAGUGCAAUAUUGAAGAUAUCGCUACCAUCGGUGUGACGAACCAGCGUGAAACGGUGGUCGUCUGGGAUCCACAUAGUGGAGAACCGUUGUAUAAUGCGAUUGCUUGGAAUGAUAUUCGUACCUCGUCGACGGUAGAUCAGAUUCUUGCCAAACUGCCGGAUAACAAUAAAAACCAUUUCAAACAGAUUUGUGGGCUUCCCGUUUCGCCAUAUUUUAGUGCAUUUAAAUUAAAAUGGUUGAUGGAUAACGAACGGCCGAUUCGUCGUGCUGUUAGAAAAGGCAAAUGCAUGGUUGGCACCAUUGACACGUGGAUUAUUUGGAAUUUAACUGGUGGAGUUGACGGUGGUAUUCACAUUACCGAUGUAACGAACGCAUCUCGCACAUUCCUAAUGAAUUUAGAGACUUUACAUUGGGACCCUCUGUUAUUGCACACUUUUUCUAUUAACAGUAAAAUACUGCCAGAGAUAUUAAGUAGUUCAGAGAUUUAUGGCAAAGUUAAAGGUACCGAACUUGAUGGCAUAACGAUAUCAGGGAUUUUAGGAAACCAGCAAUCUGCCUUAGUUGGACAAAACUGUUUUAAUCGCGGACAGGCAAAGAAUACCUAUCGAAGUGGGUGCUUCCUUUUAUAUAAUACUGGCACCUCUAGAGUUCAAUCGACACACGGCUUAGUCACAACUGUAGCUUAUAAAUUCGGUGAUGGUCCAGCCACUUAUGCCUUGGAAGGAAGUGUUGUCGCAGCUGGUGAAGCCUUAAACUGGCUGAGGGACAACAUGGGUUUGAUUAAAAAUGUACAGGAAGAUACGGAAUCGUUGGCUCAAGAAGUAUUUAAUACUGGCGACGUUUACUUUGUACCUGCAUUUAAAGGACUUUUUGCACCAUACUGGAGAAAAGAUGCCCGGGGGAUAAUUUGCGGUCUAACCGCGUACACAACUAAAAAACACAUUAUUCGGGCAGCUUUAGAAGCUGUAUGUUUCCAAACGCGUGAUAUCAUUGAAGCUAUGAAUAAAGAUUGUGGUAUACCCCUAUCCAAAUUGCACGUUGAUGGUAAACUUACAACGAAUAAUCUUUUAAUGCAACUACAAGCCGAUAUUAGUGGGAUUCCAGUGUUCAGAUCACAGUCCCAAGAUAUUACAGCGUUGGGAGUAGCGAUGGCGGCCGGUCAGGCGAAGGGAAUUGAUGUUUGGGAUUUAGAUGCAAGAAAUCGCGAAGUAGUCCCAAGUGAUACAUUUUUACCUACAACUACUGAAGAUGAACGUAAUGCUAGGUAUACUAAGUGGAAAAUGGCCGUCCACAGGUCACUAGGAUGGGCUACCACAAAGAAGUCACCAGAUAUGACAGAUGAACGGUUCAGACUUCUGUCGAGUGUACCUGCGGGCCUAUUUUUAAUUGGAAGCUUUGGAAUGCUUGUACUUGCUAGACAAUUCCAUAAUAAUACAUUGUGAAUUCCUAAUUGACAAUUAAAUAUUGCUUGGAGUUCAUCAAAA